AUGGCACAACGACCCAUGGACGCAGACGCCAGUGAAGCUCUCCUCAAGCUCGCCUCCAAGACAGUGGACGAUCAGCUUGGCAGAGAGCAAAAGUACCCCGAGCUCAUCGACUUUUUCAACACCGACUACUCGGCAACUUAUGUGGCCCCUGCCGAUCCUCGCCAGCAGAUCCUUCGUCGCAAGCGUGCUAUCAGCCUCCCGGAUACGCUCUUUGAGCAAUACAACUUGCUCGAGUGCCGCUGCUUCAUGGGAUUGUUUCCGGAAAUCGGACGAGUCUGGAUCACCAUCGACCACCGCCUUUUCUUGUGGAACUAUGCUGACGGAGGACACUAUGAGUCGUACGAGGAGCUGGAUCAGAUUAUUGUUAACGUGGCUCUGGUUAAACCCAAGAAAGAUACCUUUGAUGACAAGGUGCAGUACCUCCUCGUGAUUGCAACUCCCAUCGAGGUUCAUCUUUUGGGUGUCUCUGUCGGCUCAGGAUCGAUCCCCCAUACUCUUUACAUCACCAACAUGAGCGUACCUACCGACAAUGUCGCCAUCAAGAGCAUCGUUGGAACAGCUGAUGGCAGGAUCUUUAUGAAUGGCAACGACGGAAGACUAUGGGAGAUUGAUUAUCAGUCAGAGGAAGGCUGGUUCAGCAAAAAGUGCUCCAAGCGGGAAGUCAUCGGAAGCCCACUCUCCUACUUCAUCCCUACAUUCUUGAGCAAGAUCAGAGUCGACCCUAUCAUCAAGGUUAUCCUGGACGAGUCCCGACAGACCAUGUAUGGUCUCACCGAGAAUUCUAACAUCGAGGUGAUUAGCCUUACGGGAGCAGUUCAGGCGCGCUCGACUGUCAAGGCAGGAUACAUUUUGCAGGAGGCCAAGCGCAAAAGCAACCACAGCAGGGCCAUGGAUGAGAACUCUUUCAAGGUCGUUGACAUUCACACCAUUCCUACGACAGAGUCCAAAGACGUUUCCCUCCUUGCGAUCACAUCUACCGGCUGCCGUCUGUACUUUGGACAGAAGGGAGCUCUCGACUACAACAGUCAACGCAACCUGGACCAGAGUUCGUCAGGACCCUAUUUAUUGCAUGUGCGCAUCCCACCAGCCUUCAACAACGCCCCCGAGGCCGUCCUUGGGCCUCAGGGCCAGUACCGGAUACAUCAGUCCCUCUACAGCAAUGGCGUCUUCCUGGCUGCACACUCUUUGCAUGAUGCUGCCGACGCCCUUAUUGCCGCGGCACCAGAAUCUGGACCUAUCAACAAAGCAUCCACGGCCAGCAAGACUAUGGGAAGCACGUAUAUUCCAAAGUUGAGCGAGAUCGCAAUGAUUGCAGGUUUGGACGGCAAGAUUUGGGGCAUGUCAGAGAUUCCAGGAGUCAAUCACGCUGGCGCGAUCGACCCUUCAAUUGCAAGGAACGAGCUCGCUGUUCAGCUUUCUCGGUCCAGCAGGGAAUAUCUUGUUCUGACCAACUCGGGUGUCCAGGUCUUUGCCAAGCGUAGACCCAUCGACACACUUCAGCAGCUUCUCCUUGACGCAAGGUCAUCCGAGGCCGACCUUCUUGUCUUCUUUUCCCAAUACGGACGCGUGGAGUCAUGCGCCAUGUGCAUCGCCAUUAUUUGCGGACACCCAGCCCUUUCGCCUGUUGUUGCUGGAGCCCAGUACAUGACUUCCCAUUCAACAUCUGGCCCUAUUGCGGCUCUGGCUGAGAGACUCUUGCUUCAGUGGGGUGGCAAGCGCAACCCAGCCGAGAAACCCGCCAACAACAUCUCAAACAACUUGGCAGGAUCUGAACUCGGUCGCCCAGUCUCUCAGAGCAGUGUUGGACAGUACACUUAUAGACAUACAGCACUGAGCCUUUACUUGGCCCGCUUACUCCGACCUAUCUGGAAGCGCAAGGUUCUCAAGGUCACCAACACCAUCCGUGGUCUUGUUGACUCUGAACUCUCGGAUCUUGUUCUCACGGCCGUGCAGAAGGACCUAUUCUCUCUUCGCGCCUUCUUGACUAGCAACAUUGAGCUCUUCACACCUCAACCUAUCGUCUCCUCCAACCCACCUGGCGAGAAGGAUCAGAUCGAGAUUGAGAACGCCAACGCAGAGACAAAGUCUUUGAAGGCUCAAUUGCUUCUUUUGACACAGUGCAUUGAGGGUAUCGCCUUUGUCCUCUUCUUGGUCGACUCCAAGAUGUCCGAGACCGUUUCUAAUAUCCCCGCUGAGUCCCAGCAAGCCUUGUUGGGAAUUACCUACGAGACGUUGUUGACUACCUCCAAGGGUCAUGACCUCUGCCGUGAGCUCGUCACCGCUGUCAUCAACAAGCAGAUGGGCCAUCACAUGAGCGUCGACGCUGUCAGUGAUACUUUGCAGCGCAUCUGCGGAUCCUUCUGCAACCCCGGUGAUGUGAUCUUUUACAAGGCAACGGAACAUUUGCGCCAGUCAAAGUCCUCUACAGACCCCGCUGAUAUUGAAGACCAUGCCAGAGAGUCAUUAAGAUUGUUCAAGAAGGUUCCAUUCCUGUUGGUGGAUGAGUCUCACGGCCCCAACAAGCUUCAGGGGGUUUGCAAGGAUUACAUGGAUCUCAAGUUUUUCCCAGGUGCCGUGGAGUUAGCAUUGUCGUGCGCUCAGGAUUUGGACCCCAGUAAUAAGGCAGCAGGAUACGUCAAAGAUGGCAUGAACUCCAAGGACAUCCGCUUGGAGCAAUACCAACAGAGGGUGAUCUGCUACGACAACACGGCAGCUGUCUUGGAGGCGCUGGGUUUGGACUCUGCUCAGGGGCCCCUUUCCAGCUUCGCCUUCCACACCUUGGAGACAGCCCUUCAGUUCGACGACUCUCUUUUCCACACAUAUCUUUACGACUGGCUUUUGUCUCAUGGACGCGCCGACUAUCUUUUGGAAAUUUCGACGCCCUUUAUCGAGGAGUACCUCAAGCAGUGCACACUCCUGGAAUCAACGCGCGAUCUCCUCUGGCGCUACUACAUCAAGGUCGAUGACUUUGGUCAUGCCGCACAGGAGCUCGGAAGAAUCGCCGACUCGACCCGUUACCAACUCAGCUUUGAGUCACGUUUGGAGUACCUCUCACUUGCUGUCAGCAACGCCAAGAGUUACCCAGCUGGAUCAGACCCCAAGACUGACAAUGGUCGUCUGUUGAUCGAAUUGGAGGAAAAGCUGGAGGUUGGAAACAUUCAACUGAACAUUAUCUUGAGUCUCAAGGCCCUGGCCGACGAAUCUCGUCUCAGGGCAAGGAUUCUGUCACUGGAUCCCACAGCCAGUCAGUUCGAGAGCCAUCGUGCCCAGCAGCUCGAAGGUCUCUACCAGAGUUGCAAGGCCCAAUUGCUCGAUAUCGACAACCUGUACCACACAUAUGUUGAGCCCCUCAAGAUGUAUGACUGCAUGCUUGCUCUUUACCAUGCCUCCGAUAUUGAUGACGAGUAUCACGUCCGCGCCGCAUGGGAGGGCUUCAUUUCCUCUGUGUUUGCUGUUGCUGAGGAGGAGGGAAGGUCACCGUUGGUCGACAUUGAGGUGCGUGUUCGGGAUUUGGGUCGCCGAUUCUACCCUUCGGCCAAGGUGACUCCUAUUUCGACGAUGGUUCAGACUUUGGAACGUUAUCCUUACUUGAAGCAGACUGCUCGCUACCCGGUGUCACCAGGCUGGGCCGUCCGUAUUCUUCACGACAUUGGAUUCCCAUACGAGGCGCUCUUUGACAGCUUCCAUUCGCUGAUCGAGACCAAGAACAACGUCUGGGUUGGUCCUCGUGCGUCGCUUGUUCUUAUCCAGGAUAUUGAGUUCUUACUUCGUGUCUGGUUGGCAGAGACCCAGGGAACUGGUAUCAUUGCCGAGUUGAACGAUGAGCUGGGCAUCUCUGAGGAUGAGUGGCAGGUCUAUGGAGGAGGCCGUGGAGGAGCAGCUUCUGUGGCUGCUACUAACGGACUGGGCUUCUCUGGAGCAGGGUUGCUGGACCGGUACCGGACAAAGAAGCUGGAUGAUGCGAUCCAAGUUUAUAUUCGUCUCUUGGAAUCUGCGUCGUGGACGCCAACCCCCAUUUCUAGUCCGCUGGAUGAGAAUUUGGGUGGAUCACAACAAGAGUUGCCGGCUAAGGCCAGGAGUCUUGUGCAGAGACUUCAGGCUAUUCGUAGUCGUAUCCAGCGGUUGUAG